CGAAGAAGAAGACCCGCUCCUAUGAUGCGCAGUCUGCGCCAAUAUGAAGGCACACAGGGCAGUUUCUGCCUUUAAUUUUAAAGAGUAAGCCUUGUUAUUGAAACAAGCGCUGGAUCCUGUCAGUGGACUAAAGUAGACGCGACACCGAAUCAUUAAUUUGGUCCUGCAGAAUGUCCAAGAUCAGGCGGAAGGUAACAGUGGAGAAUUCAAAAACCAUAUCUGACAGCAGCAGCAGCGCCACCACGACCAGCAGCACCAACAACAACCCCGCCGCCCCCUCCCGUCGACCCAGCGUGUUCGAGAGACUCGGCCCCAGCACUGGGAGUAAUGCUGCUGAUAGUCACUGCAGAAAUUGGCUGAAGACCGGUAAUUGCAGUUACGGCAACACUUGUCGCUACACACAUGGAACUCAGCCACGAGGCAAAGGAUUCAGCUUCAGCCGGUCAGCCGAGAGACCCACAGGUGAUCUGCGGGAGAGGAUGAAGAAUAAAAGACAAGAUGUUGAUCCAGAAAACCUGAAGCGAGACUUAGACGAGCCCACAUCACCCACAGCCAGACAGAGAGACUCCUCCAGAGGCCGACACAGAGAGAAGGAGGAUAUAAAGAUAACAAAAGAGCGAACCCCAGCCAGUGAAGAAGAGCCCACAGAGUGGGAGACGAACCGUGAAGACUCGGAUAUUGGUGACUACGACUACGAGUUAUCCCUAGAAAUGAAGCGUCAGAAGAUUCAACGUGAGCUGAUGAAGUUGGAGAACAUGGAGAAGAGAGAGGAGAUCGUCAUCAAGAAAGAUGAAACCCCGACCAAAACGAGAGCCAGUGCAAUGCCUAAAGCUUCCCCAGAGCAGCUAAGCAACAGAGAUUCACCCUCAUCCAGGAAGUCCAGCGGAUCCCCAAAACACAAAAGUGGAACUAAAGGUCCAGGAUCUGGAAAGAAAGAGAAGAAAGCGUCUGUGUCCUCACCUGUUUCAGAAUCUGCCAGGUCUUCAAAGGGAGGCCACAGUAAGAAGAAAGGGCCCAGGACCCCCAGUCCUCCCCCUCCAGUCCCUCUGGACAUCCCCGUGGUCGGUAAGAAACACAAAGGCAAACACAAAAACAAGGAGAAGUCUGAGGAGAAGCAGAAGGAGGGAAAAGAUCGAGGACGAGAUACAGAGAAACACAAAGAGAAGAAGGAGAAACGAAGAGACCGAUCAGACAGCUCCCACAAGGCCAAGCGGUCGGUGACGUCAGAGGAGCGCUCUGGUAGUGUGUCGUCUCACCCGACUUCACCUCCAGCCAGGAAGAAAUCAACCUCCCCUAAAGCCUCAUCACACAAAACCUCUGCAUUGGCCUCCCCUCCUCACAGGUCUCCAUCCCCUCGCCACCAGCGCACUCCCACCCCUCCCCGCCAUCUCUCCCCAUCCUCCCACUCGGGGUCUUCUGCCCAGAGACACUCUUCCUCUCCUCGCCGGCGUCGCUCAUCCUCCCCGUCCUACCACCGCAGUACGCCGGCGGCAGCUUCUGCCUCUCCCCCUCCAAGCUCCCGCCGCUCCCCAUCACCCCCUCCCUCCCAGGACGCCUCCUCACCCCACAGACGGUCCGACAGGUCCAGCCCCGGCAGACACCACUCCAGGGGCCGAGAGAGGAGCCGGGGUGAGAGGGAGAGGAGCCCACCUGCUCAGGAGCGCCGACAUGAGCGCAGAGAUGAAAGCCGCAACAAGCGAGAGAAGGACAGCAUGCGGGACGACCGAGACUACGACUCUGAGCAAGUCUCAUCACGGGACGCCCGUGAUGAUAGGGAGACCAGAGAGCGACGGGACACUCGUGACCGAGGGCGGGAAACUACCCGAGACUCUCGUGACCACCGGGACAACAGAGACCUAAAGGACUCCAGAGAGACUCGCACCGAGGCUCGCUCCAGCAGAGAGUCGCUGGAGAUCCGCGACCGCGAACGGGAACGAGAACGGGAGCGAGAGAAAGAGAGGGAGAAGGACAGAGAACGGGAGAAGGAGAGAGAGAGAGAAGCUCACAGGAAGGAGGAAGCGGCUCAGGACGACAGGAAUUAUGGGAGAGGCCACGGGCGGGAUGAUGGGAGAGCUGAAGGACGGAUAGAGACGAGGGCAGACAGAGCGGAGAGGAACGGGCGAGGGAGAGGGCGUGCGAAUGAAACAUCCGACAAAGCCUCAAACAGAAACUCUCGUGGUUCCCAGCUGGAAAGCAGCCAUGACAGCUGGGAGUCGAGAAGCAGCGCGGUGCGUGAACGCAGCGCUGAGAGGAGCACAGAUCGCAGCGCUACAGAGAGAAGCUCCGACAGAGGCUCAGACCGAGACCGCUACGAGGGAGACAGGCGAGGAGAGCCGACCCGGGACUCCUCCUACGACAGGAGAGGGGGGCACGGAGAGCGGGAUCGGCGGGACAACAGAGACAGAGAUCAGAGAGCAGCCUCUCCAAGUCGACACCAGGGGAGAUCAGACGAGUCUGAGAGGGAAGACAGAAGGGACGACCGCAGGACAGACGACAGACGAGAUGACAGAGCCCGCGACCGGGAGCGAGAGAGAGAAAGAGAGAGGGAAAGGGAGCGGGAGAAGGAGAAAGACAGGGAGCGAGAGAGGGAGAGGGAAAAGGAGCGAGAGAAGGAGAGGGAGGCGGCGGAGAGGGAGCGAGCCAGGGAAAGAGAGAGGGAGCGGGAGCGAGAGAGGGAGCGGGAGAGGGAGAGAGAGCGAGAGAGGGAAAGGGAGCGAGAGGAGCGGGAGAGAGAGAGGGAGGAGAGGGAACGGGAGAGGGAGAGGAAGGAGAGAGAGAGGGAGAGGGAACGGGAGAGGGAACGGGAGCAGAGGGAGAGAGAGAGGCAGAGGGAGUGGGAGGAGAGAGAGAGGGGGAGGGAGGAGAGGAGGGAGAGGAGGGAGGAUGGAAGGGACGAGCGGGCAAUGAGAGACACCCGGGACGACAGAAAAGGAAGUCGUAAGAGACCCAGGGUGGAGAACAGCCCCAGCCCCCGACCCUCGCCCAAGCGAGUGACACGGGACCUCAGCCCGGCAGACAGCGACGGCUACAACAGUGCAGAGGACAAAAGUGAGCGCCUGAUUGGCCGAGGGCAGGCCAAGCUCCACCCACAGCCCCUCCUCCCCAGCCCAGUGUGUCCGACUUCAUCUGACAGCGAUAAGCAUCGUCUGCUGAGCCAGGUGGUGCGGCCCAAGGAGCCUUUGCUUCGCACUCCACCAAGAUCCGCCUCCGAUGAAAAACCCGGCCACUGGAAGGAUGACGAGCGCAGAGGAGCUGGAGACAAACGGGAAACACGCGGCCGCCUCGAGGACCUGGAGCCUCGCGGGGAGAGAGGCAGAGGAGGCGACAGGCGAGGGGAGCACCUCGCAGACCCCCCGUCUGAUUCCCGCAGCAAAGGCAGAGACCAGCGGGACUCCACGCCGCCUCCACCUCCUUCAGUCCUCACUACAGCCAGUGAGGACAGAGACAUGGCUUGUGCCCAGUCUCAUGAGGAAGGUAAAAAGAAGACAAAGUCCCAGAGGAAGGGUUUGAAGAAGGGUCGUAAAGAUGAAGAUGGUGGUGUUGGGGUCGGCCUGGUCGGAGCAGAUCGAUUCAACCCUGAGCCUACCGCUGGCAGCUCCACGGAUGGAGCACCGCCUUUACACUCCCCCAGGAAAGGAGCCAAGAAGAAGGUGUUAGAGAGAAAGAAGCGACCUAGAGGAGGAGAAUCUGACGUGUCUGACGAGGACUCGUCUGCCCAUCAGCCACACAGUAAAAGGAAGCGAGGCCCACGCACGCCACCGCCCUCCAUGAGGCCUGAUCAUCGCGGGACAGGAAGCAACGCGGAGCCAUCGCCGCUCUCUAAAAUGGACAACUUCAGCGACUGGUCAGACGAGGAGGUGUCCGACAGAGGAGGACCCUUGGAAGCUUCACUAUCUGCUGCUGAGAGAGCUCCGGCUGAGCCUUUGAGGAGAGGCGGAGCUAGAACAGGUAGGGACAGAGAUCGCCCUCCGAUCGCCCCUCUCCUCCCUCAGGAUCCUCCGAUGCUGCUCCAAACCCUGACGCCUCAGCCGCUCAUGUCCCAGCCUCUGCUCCGUAAGCCUCCCCCGGAGCAGACGCGCAGCAGCAGCAUGGGGAGCAACCAGAGCCGUACGUCAUCCAGACGCCUUCGAUCGCCGUCAAACGAGUCUGCACACAGAGAAGAGCCACAAGGUCCAAGGUCUCGCCGGGGCCGGCUGCAGGGCACCAACUCCAGAGACAGAGAGAGAGAAAGAGAACGAGAGAGGGAGCGAGAGAGGGAGCGGGAGAGAGAGAGGCAGGCCAACGACCUGCCAGGAGCUGAGAGGAAGUCCAGGAUAGACCAGCUGAGGAGAGGAGAGCCCAGCCGCAGCACUUCGUCAGACCGACAGGAUUCCCGCAGCCACAGCUCCAGACGCAGCUCUCCUGACUCUGAGCGACAGGCCAGAUCCCGCGCCGGCUCUUACGACAGCAGGGAACGGGAGAGGGACCGGGAGCCGUUCGACCGGGACCGUGAGAGGGAACGAGACCGAAAGGACCUGCGGCCUCAGCAGCAGCCACAGCAGCAGCCGCUCCUCCUCCAGCAGCCCCUACAACAACAGAGAGACUGGGAGCCAGAGCCCAGGGACUGGCCCAGCAGGGGCCGGGAACCUCUACUAAUGCGUCCUGGCCGGGAACCUCUCCUGAGGGAGCGGGACAUGAGGGACAGGGAGCGCCUGCUUCCAGAGGGGCUCAUCCAGCAGCACGAGCGGGAACGGGAGAGGGAGAGAGACAGCAGAGGGGUGGAUCGAGAGAGGGAGAGGAUGAUGAUGAUGGAUCUGCCACCUCAUGGAGACUCCAGGGCCCCGGGACGAGGAGACAUGAGGGGGGACAUGAGAGGGGACAUGAUGAGACAGGACAGGGUAGACUAUGAGCCUCUGCUGCCAAGAGAAGCCUUCAGCCCGCCUGAGAUGGACAAACCCAGCAACAGUCAUCACCUGGAGCAACGGGAGCUGGAGAAGGCGGACAGCUUAGACGGAGACGAUGAAGGCAAAGAAGAGGAUGGGCAGUCGGUUGCAUCGGUUGGAGAGGAGUACGAACCAAUCAGUGAUGACGAGCUGGAUGAAAUCCUAGCAGACAGUCAGAAAAAAGAGGAUCAGCAAGAGGAUGAGAAGAUCACAGGUCCUCUGGAUGUCAUCGAUGUGGACUGGUCCAGCCUGAUGCCCAAACAGAAGCAGGAGCCCCGGGCAGCGGGUGCAGCGCUCCUCCGCUUCACUCCAGGCGCCGUGCUCCUCAGAGCGGGCGUCUCCAAGAGACUGGCUGGGCCGGAGCUCCUGGAGCAGGUCAGAGAGGUGUGCAAGACGGAGCUGGAUGACCCUAAAGAUGCUGACAAGCUGUUUGAGCAUGACCUGGGCGCUCUGAACAUGGCGGCCCUGAACAGACGAGUGGAACGAGCCGGGUUGCUCACGAACCUUGGGCCUUGCUGCAAGGCUCUGUGUGCACGCAGGGACUUCGCUAUCCGCAGGCAGCUGUUAAAAAACGAAAAAGGCCUGACCAAACAGUACCCCGCCACCCCCGUCGUGGACACGGAGCUGCUGCAGAUGAGCAUGCGUCUCUUCAGAAGGACCAUGGCCGGCCAGACGUCUGGGCCGGAGCGGUCUGACUCGGUGUCAGCGCCUGCGGUCGAGGCUGCCACGUCCGGUAGUGUUAGUAAGGUUAGCACAGUGCAGCCGGAGGUUUGUGUGUCCUGAAAGAAAGCGAGGGCCUCUGUUUUGUCUGACUCCUUUACUCUCCUCUGACUGUAAUUCGUUUUGUUCCAUGUUUAGCCUUUUUAGUCACAGAAGAAAUAAAGAAAAACAAACGCUGUGAGUCUGCUUUUCUGAUGAUGUGUGAACGCCGUGCCAUAGACCACCAGACGUUUUAGCCCAUGGAGGUGUUUAAUGAACCAUGUACGAGAGUCAGAAAACACUGAAAAUGACUUUUUCUUUUUGUGCUGUAUGAUGUUUUAGAGCAGCUUUUUAAUUGUCAGUUUCAUCCUGUCUGACCAAGUUCAAGUGUUGUUUUCAUAUGUUGUGCAUUGGUUACUAAUUGGUGCAUUAAAAUGGUUAGAUGUUGAGUUUUGUAACGGCUCUUUUACUUUAUCUGAAAUGACUGUUCAGCCUUGAAAUCAUGUUUCAUUUGUUUGUUUACACAAUAUUUCAGAGCAGAUUUGCUGCAGAGUUACUGAUGAACACUCAGAACAUCCUACAGGGACUUGAAGAACAUUUCUCACGAUUGAACACUGCCAAACUAUUCCUACCUUGAUUGUACCUUGUUAGAGCUGUUGGGAAACAUUCUGUUUUAUUUAACUAAUGUAUUUGUUUUGAAUGGUUUGGCAAUGUCUCCCUGAAAAACUGAACUGAAGCAGCAAGACCCUCCAACGCUGCCACAUGGAACUUCUCCCAUUAACUCCCACCAGCCCAGCCAAAAAACUACUAGACUGGUUACAUUCAAAUUGACUGAAAAAGUAAAAAUUUCCAUCUUUAAACCACAACAUUUCUGUGUUGGUGGUUGACUGUCCAGAGUCCUGAUAUAAAGACUUGAACAGGUGGAUUACCUGAUCAGCUGGGAUGUGGUUAUUCCACACUUGAAAGAGGAAAUGUUCAUGCUGUUGGACAGAAGUACAAAGGACAGCUUAAUGAACGUAAACAUGGAGGAAAAUAUAUGUAAUCUAAAAGAUUGCCAUGUAAUCCUGGGCUCUGGUUAAAGCUCACUACCACAAAUCUGUUUAAAACACCUUUUUGUACCAUAUCUUUAUUUUGUCUAACAUUCAAGGUUUAGAUGUGAAAUGAUUUGUAUCUGGUUAAAUCCUGUAUCUUUUUUACUUUAAAUUAAAUGAAAAAACAUUUCUC